AGGCAGGCUUCAUUGCACGCAACAAGAUCCACGUGAGGCCUCGGUGCCUUCCCAAAUCGAACUAUGGCAGCUCUUCGGUCUGCGCUCCGGCUGGCACCUCGAGCGCAGUUCAUCCGCCCGGCAACCAGCUCCCGUAUCUUGACAGCACCAUCACAACGAAGCUAUGCUACGCCGGCGAAGCAGCCGAGACCGGCGACGGAUGAGAAGGCUGCCGAAGAAGUAGAGCAGGGACAAGAAGAUCUAGCGGACCCGAACUUGAACGGCAACUACCCAGACCCUAGCCUCACCUCAGCUCUGCCAGUGAAGCGGCAGCACCGUGACCCCUACGGAGACUGGUGGGAUCCGCAGGAACGUCGCAACUACGGCGAGCCAGUACACGAGGACAAUGACAUGCUCGGCAUCUUCUCGCCAGACGAGUACACACACUUCACACCUGCUUGGGGUGGCGUUCUAUGGGGCUGCGCUGCUGCCACUUUCCUUACUCUCUGCGCUGUCGUGUACAGAUACUAUCCGGACGUGCCCGCGACGCCAAGGAGGUUUCCAGAUGGGCUUGAGAAAGAGCUCGGCGGACCACGGGCACCCCGUGCGCCAAUAGCUUUGGAUGACGACGCUUCUUACAUCGAGGGUGGUAGCCGAGCCUCGCCCAUCACGUCGUGAGACCCCUGUACACUAUAGCAUGGGAAAGGGUGGUCUUUCUCGAAGCCUAUAUCUUAUUACAGACGAAGUCUUCAGUGCAGCUUUUGGGCAAUCUCAGCAAUGACCGACAUUGCCUCUGCCCACCAAUCUCCGUAGCCUAUGGAGGUAUGCUGCAAGCCCUCGAUUGUUUGCUUUGCCGCUCGCAUCAAUGUGCCAUGAGAACGGACAUGGUGGCAAUGUCUUCUGUAACGGAAGGUACAAGAUCCGUGCACAGCCUUCCACGUGACCGUAGCCGAAGGUCUCCGUCCCCACAAUGACAUGCAAGAUUGACUGGGGCCGCUUGCGCCACGAGGGGUUCAGCUUAGCACAGCCUUGCGAGCAG